CGCCCGCUCCCGUGACGCUGCGCCUUCCCGAGCGCAUAGAGCUUGAGUGGAAGCAACACGCGCUCAUCUCGUUGGGUCUGAACCCAUCGAAGACCGGAGACGAAGGUAAAUUUCACCCGCCGUUGCGUCCGUCAAGGAGCCCCAGACCGCGGGCAGCGAUGCUCGGAAUGAGUCUCUCUGCGGGCAGCAGGACUUAAAACGCUGCGGUCCAUCCAGCUGGACACUUUUACGUUUACGCUCGUCUCUUCGCCUUUUAUGUCCCUUCCCCGUUGAAAAGAAAGGAUCAGUCAUCUUCUAGCCUGCAUCCAUCUUUAUUUAACCCCCGUUUCACGACUAGCUGGGGUUGUAUUUGGCGACGAUGUGGAAGACCGGAGUCCUCCUCCUGCUGCUGGGGGUGCUUUUAGCGUCCGGCGAACUCCAUCAGGAGAGGGAGCCACGGAGACUCCCACCGCCGGGAAAGUUGGAUUUCGGUUAUGUGCCUGGAGGAGUUUACGAGACGCUGGCCCAUUACGAACCGGGGCCGAUAGGGAUUCUCUUCCAGAUGCUACGGGCUUUUCUGUAUGUGGUGCAACCCAGCGCUUUCCCACAAGAGCUUAUUGUCAAACUGGCAAAGGACAGGUUUGGAGCCAUUCAGACAGAAUAUCAAAAGCCAGAGAACAUAGUGCUGAGUCUUCAGGCAAUCUACUAUGAGAUAGGCUUCCUAGUAUGUGCAGCCAUGGGCCUGCUCUUUGCUGUUCUGAUGCCGAUAGUUGGCCUCUUCUUCUGCAUGUGCCGCUGCUGUGACAACUGCGGUGGUGAGAUGCACCAACGCCAAAAGAAGAACGCAGACUGCCAGCGUGGCCUGCUGGGAACGCUGCUUUUUUCCACCUCACUGGUCAUCACGAUUGGCAUCCUGUGUGCGUAUGCUGCCAACCAGAACCUGAGUUCUCAGGUGAAGAACAUACGCAGAUUGGUGAACAGCAACAUCAAGGACCUUCACACCUUUGUUAAUGACACGCCAAUGCAAAUUGAUUACCUAAUAUCUCAAUAUGCCACAGCCAAGAAAAAAGUCGUCUAUGACCUAAACAAUAUUGGUCCGAUACUAGGUGGAAGGAUACAUGAUCAGUUGGAUAAGGAGGUCCAUCCUGUCAUGGACGAAGUGCUUAAUAUGGCCAGAGUCAUGCAAGAAACCAAAGAAGCCCUUGAGAAUGUCAGUGUGUCUCUGGAGGUGCUCCAGGAGGGAACAGGAAAGCUCAAUUUCAACCUGAGUGUGGUCCGGACCAACAUCAACCGCACCCUUGACAACCCCGGCUGUCAUGAAGAACAGUCAGAUGUCACUACUGUCCAGCUGUGCCGCAACAUCAGCCAGUCACUGUCCCAGUUGCAGAUCAGCGCCAACUUCACACGGCUACCCAACGUGAACUCGCAGCUAGAAAACAUGAGAAAUGUACUGAGAACAGACCUCAGCGCUUUCGUCCAGAGGGGUUAUGCCUCUUUAAACAACACGCCACAAAUGGUGUUUGAACAGACCGGGAGUGUUACAGAGAGUGUACAGAAUUUGCUGGACAGCAUUGGCAAGAACAUCAGCCGCUUUUCCAAGACAUUCCCAGUGCAGACCUGCCUGUCAAAUUUCACCAUCUUUAUUAACCAUGCACAUGCCAAGGUUGAAGACUACUACCCUGAAAUUGACAAAAUGGACUUCUACAGGUGGAUUGGCUGUAUUGCUCUUUGCUGCAUGGUGGUGCUGGUCCUGGCCUUCAACUACCUGGGCCUGCUAUGCGGCACCCUGGGAUAUGACAAGCAUGCUUCGCCUACGACGCGAGGCUGCAUCUCCAACACAGGAGGAACAAUGCUGAUGGCCGGUGUUGGAUUUAGCUUCAUCUUCUCCUGGGUACUGAUGGGAGUGGUGACCAUCAUCUUCCUGGCUGGAGGGAACAUGGAGAAACUUGUUUGUGAGCCCUUCUACACCAAAGAGCUUUUCAAGGUUGUGGACACCCCAUAUCUGGUCCGCCCAGAGUGGAAGAACUUCAUCCCUGGUUACAUGUACGGUGACUCCGAGCUGGAGCUGACAGCAGAGAGCUUGUACAGCACCUGCAAAGAGAACAAAGGCAUCUACUCUGCCAUGCGUCUGGACAAAGUCUUCAACAUCUCCUCUUUCCUGAACACCACAGCGUUUACUGCGGAUGUGGUGGGUCAUCUGGACAGCAUUAAGAUCGACCUGAGCACAAUAACCUUGUUAGAGCCAGAGGGGAAGCAGAACCUCCUGGAUUUCUCUGAAGCAGGGCUGUCAGAAAUCAACUACGCUGACUAUCUGGAGGAGGUGAACAAAGGAGUCACUGUAGUGAACCUGCUCUCCUUUGCCACUGUGCUGGAGGCCCAGGCAGACCUCAUGCCCAGAGGCCCUCUGCAGACUGCUCUGAAAGGCCAUGCUAGCACUCUGCGACAGAUCCACAGUCAACAAAUCACCCCUAUGGAACAGGCCAUGAAAUAUGGUAGAGCAAGGAGCGCUUUGAACCAGAGUAUGAGGUUCUUGGAGAGAACAGCCUCAGACCUGCCAAACAAAGUCUUGGCAGUUCUCAGUGCUGUCAAUGCUGCUCAGUUACUCAUCUCUCAGAACACUACACAUUUAAUCAGUCAGGAAACAAAAAAAUACACAGCGAUGAUAGUUGACUACUUCCGUCAAUACAUAGAGUGGGUCAAAACAUCUCUGGCUUUGGAGGUGGCACCAUGCAAGCCCUUCAGUAACAUAGUGGACACUGCAGACAUCAUUGCUUGUAGUUUCUUGGUUGACUCUAUGAAUACAUUCUGGAUGGGCCUGGGCUGCAGCACCAUCUUCCUGCUCCCAAGCAUCAUCCUUGCAGUGAAGUUAGCCAAGUACUACCGCAGGAUGGAUACAGAGGAUGUUUACGAUGACAUUGAAACAAUUCCCAUGAAAACUAUGGAAAUUGGUAAUAAUGGUUAUCAUAGUGAGAGCUCACAAGGUAUCCCAAAUCCUAUGCUGACAAGCAUCCCUACCUAUGACACCAUAAGCAGGUUCCCACGGGCCUCGGCUCCUCCGAGGCACAUCGACUGGUGACAGAGCCGGAGCUCGUUCUGGCUUCUGAAAGGUACUGGAAAACCAACAAGUCAGUCCUCUGUUUCUCUAACACUGUUUUAUUUAAUGCCUUCCUUCCGUUCUUCAGCUUUCCCUGACCCAAGCGUCAUCUUAGUGUCUGCUGCAUCUAUCUCUCCUUCUGUUUUUCAUGGUAUUUCUUAUGCACUACUCUAACCUAACCUUCAAACACCUCUUUACAGCUUGUUUUAGUGCUUUUCUGCUCACAGUGACUUUGCAAGAAAACCAAUAUGUGCCCUGGGAAACUGGAACUAAAAUACACGAUAACGAAUGUUUCAUAAUCCCUUGGGCCAGAUGAAACUCAGUGAAAGCUGGUUUCCUUACAACAGCAGAAGAACAACAAGUGUUUUUAUCUUUAACGAUCAACUCGCCUUCCUCGGCCAGGCCGAUCACAACCUGCUCCCCAGCAUCCUCCAACAAACUCCCUGCAACACAUCCAACCCUUCUCCCUGUGCAUCAAUCUGAGCCAGGCUUGUUCUGCAUUUUUCAAAGGACUGCUGUGUCUGCGUUUACAUUUUGUUCAGACACAAAAUCAAGCUGAAACCACAUUCAGAGACAGGACAUGACAAUAACUGUAAUGCCUGUUUGUUUUAAUGUACUUGUUUGUGUUUAAGAAAACAGUGGCUGAUGUUUGGAUGCCAUGUCAUCCAAACAUCAUGGCAAGCAGCUGGAGGAAGUGUCUUUCUCCUUACAAUGGAUGUAUCAUGGACAGAUGGAUGGAGGCAGCUGAUGUUAAGGUGUAACAGUCUGUCAAUAAACAUUUGGGGAAAGAUAUAAAUUAACAUGAUAUACAACAUGUUUUAACGGCACCCUAUGAGAGUCAGUGGGUGUGUUGUACCUUAAGAACUGGAUGAUUUGAACAAAGUGGUAAAAAUACAGAAAUGGGUUGUUCCCAGGUGGGUUUCUGGGAUUAUCACAUGACAAUUUACUAUGACCUUAUAAAGUGUCUAUAAUAUUACAAGAACAUUUGUCAUCUUUGCUCAUCUGAGGCACAUUGCAUAUAACGGGCUGCCUUUCAAAAAUAUGUUUCGCUCUUGUGUUUUGGCAGACAUGCUCCUUCUUAAAGGGAAAAUCUACCAGCAGCGUCUGCUACACUGUUAAAAAUGACCAGUCUGUAAUGCAUGAAAUUUUUUGGUACAGUGUUUAAAAUGUAGUCAUUACUAUAACUUUUUUUUAGCAUUUUUGUUAACAUCCACCUUUUAAUUUUGUCAGGUAUUGAUUUCCUACAUUCCCCAGAAUGCCUCUAAACAGUCAAAAAUAGGUUUGUGGCUUUGUUGCUGCAAUCCUUUUUUUUUUUUUUUUUUGCAAUUCCUAUUUUUGCACAGUUUGAUUCAUUUGAAUAGUUUUUGUCCUAAAGAAAACAUAUCCAGUGUAGGAAACACUACAAAGAUUAGCUAAAUAGAUGACAAUGUUUUGGUUAUAUUUCAAUGUUUUUGCCUUUUUUAAUGUCCUGAAUCCUUUCAGAUUUAUUAUUUGACUUUCUGAGUUGCCCAGGCCUGAGCUUGAAAAUUAUAAGCUACAUCACUAAAUAGUGUUUUUGUAGAAGUCUCAAUAUUUUGAGUGUAUUUUCCCUUAAAAUAAACACAAUAAACUCAGAGCAUAACUUCAUAACAUUUACUUCAUAAAGCUUUUAGAUUCUUCGCAGCCAAUGAAUGAACAACACAAGUAACAUUGUUGAGUUCACUAACAUGACGUUUAUAAUUAAGUCUUUAUUGCUUUUGUAGUGGCAAUUCUUUUAAAGUGGAGAAAUGCUUUCUCAAGCCAAAUCAUUCUUUACUGUAGGUCAGUGGGCUUUUAUUUAUGUGCUUAAUUUGUUUCUACUUUUUAACCUCCCACAGUAGCUAUGGAUACAAUUAAAACUAAUGAGUAAAUUAAUGUAUUCAAGAGAUUGUUUUCCAUUUGUAAUGCUUGUCUAUGGCUGUUGACUGAGAAAUAUGCUGACUAAUGACUAAUGCAGUGGGCAAGCCAAUCCAGUUAUACAACCCACCUCACAUCUAUGCUAGAUUUCCAGCUGCUGUCAGCAGAAUCUAAUCAACAAUUAGACAAUCCAUUCGUGGGACAAGUGAGCACUGUCAGUCAAAUAGAAAAGAAUAGAAGAUUAAAUACUUUAUGGUUUAAACAGCUGAUGGUGUUGAUGCACAUUGUGAAAAAAUGAUUUCCAUCUUAACAUUGAAAGGCUGGGUUUUAGCUGUGUUUGAAAACACUGGAAAUGCAACAACAUUAGCCCAAAUAUAAGGAUUUACAUUACUAAAAAUCAGAUAUCUAAAUUAAGUGAAGUAGCAUUACACAACAUUAUAUUUUAAUGUCUUGUGUGAUACAUUGUGAAAGUGCUAAAGGAUUUUGAAAUAUCUUAUGCUAGGUGUCAACUGACUCCAAAUAUUAGUCCCAUUUUAUGUCCAUUACCUCACAUUGACAUUACAAAUCAACAGAUCUUGUGAAAAAGAUUAGAUCAUAGGUUUAUAUCUAUUGAAUUUUGUUUGUUUGUUUUUGGCCUCCCAAAAAGGCCAGUCAGCUACCUACUAAAGCUAAACUAGCUAACUUACAGUAUGUGUUUUACAUAAGUCUGACAUUCCCAAUUCCUGUUUUUACUCUUUUAUUUAACUCCUAUUUUUAACCAACAUUAUAUUGACUUUACAACAUGAAUGUAGUAGCCUAUGGCACAGAUUUAUUUAUUUUUUUUUAUUUUGGCCAUUUAGCUAGUAGCUAGAGCUAGUAAGCUAGCUAACCUCUCUGUUUUAUAUAACUUCCAGAUAAAGUCCCUUAACCAUCAUCCAAUGUAAAGUUAAAAUGGCCUCCACUGGCAUCCCAAUAUUUGGCAGUUUGCUUGCUUAUUUCAUUGCAAUACCUCAUUUCUUGUUAAGAUGGACAUUUCUAAAGUAGCACUGUGCUCACAGCUAUCACUGGUUUUCCUGUCUGAUAGAGUCUGAUGUGAGUUACCCAUCCUGGGAGAAAAUGGUGAUUUUACUAAGUGCUUAAAUUAGAUAUAGUUUAUCCAAACCCUGGAUGGAUGUUGUCAGGACAAAUGCAGAGGUAACUUUGAACUGUCCAUAUAGCAUGUGCUCCAAGGUUAGACACUGAUGGAGCCAUGGGGAACAUUUUAUGUAGUGGUGAAGAGAGUGCAUAUUGUGAAUAAACUUUGGACUUCA